AUGCCGUUGGCCAACGACCAUCACCACGACACAACCCGACCGAUCUCGCCUACAGCCUCUCCCACUUCCCUCUGCGGUGGCACUCGCCGCCCCUUCUUCUCUUCUGUCGAGCCUGCAUCGUCGUCGUCGUUGUUGUCGCCUCUUUCUGCCACCUUUGCCACAGGCCCUGGCGCUCCUGGGUUUCCCUCUUCACCAAUUACGGCGCACUCGUCCGCUUGGCCAACAUCUCCCCUGCCAGGCAAGCACCACCUCUCCACCUCCUUACCACCAUCCUCUGGCCCGCCUGCUUCCUCGCCUCGCACCGACGUCCGCAUCCACUCUUUCGCCCUCGAUCGCCCACACGAUAACGUUUGCCGAUCCGAUUUUGCUGUAAACACCCACGUUCGCGACGACGACAUCAGCAGCGAGAGGCAGAAAAGACGCCCUCACCACCUGGCCGGAGACGACUGGUCUUCUGCAGUCAGUCGGUAUGGUUUGACCACAACGCCGACACCUCGCGACACUCUUUUCUCCACCUUCCCCCACGCCUCCACGACGUGGCCGCCGACAACCGCCCGGUCGACGUAUACGAAGCCUCAGCAACCCUCCCGACGACCCAACCCGCUCCCAGCAAAGCGGCCGUCCGAGGAGGAUACAGCACGGUCUGGCGCCAAGUCGCCACCACUGAAGAAACCCCGCACUCGUCUGCUGCCGCCGCGUGCCAUCGAUCUCUCCGGAGUCCCCAGGACACCGACAGCAGCCGCAGCUCUUGCACUGCUGAAGAGCGAGGGCGUCACUUCACCCCUGUUCUUCUCAAACUCGCCCAAUCCCAUGUCGAGCCGUGCCCCGUUUCUUCCGCCCACAGAUGCGGCCGCGGCGCUCCUGGCUCGCCUCCGCGAGGAGAAUGAUGUCCGCACCGUCAGGCUGCCCCGUGGCCAUGUCAGCUCCGCGAGCCCGGCCCGCUCCGGCAGUACAUCUGGAAGCGGCAGCUGGUCCUCCAUCGAGCCCGGAGGCAGUUCUUCGAGAAGCCCCAGCAGCCAGUAUCUACCCCCUGGCCUGCAGCUGCUCAACGGCUGUGGCGUCAUAGAGCUGCUCGAACAAGACGAGCGGCCGACUUUUAUCAUCGACCUCGCCAACCCCGUCAAUGGCAACAAUCUCUCGCUGCACCUAAUCUACGCCAAUGCCUCUCUCCGAGCCUCCAGCGGCGUCCUUGAACUUCUCUCUCUCGACGGCGAGAAGGCUGAACAGGAUCCAAACUACACCAAUUUCAAGGCAUGGGUGAUGAGCCACACGAAAAACAACGAAGGCAUGGAUGUCUGCCUUUCCUCACAUCUAUAUGGUAACAUAAACUGGACAUGUUCGACAUUGCGCAAGAGGUUUCGCUUCGUCAGUGGCAACACUAGUGCCGUGUCAUUGAUGCCCUCUUCGCCUGGCACGGCCAAGGAGGCGCAAGUGCUCGAAGAGCGCACCAGAGGCCCGACGCCCACCUCGAACGCCUCCAACACACCGCUAGCCAACGAACCCGACUAUUUCGGUGUCGAGCUGCAACCAGAGAUAUCCAUGGAUUUGGUUCCGACCGGCGAUAGCGCCAUGCAAAACGGUGUCGACGAGUGCCUCGAGGAGAGGCACCACAGCGACGAAUUUACGCAGCACGUUUUCAAAGCAGGUCUCCUGCGACCAUCGUUUGACUGGACGCGGAUCACUAUAACACCCGAACUCAGUGAACAUAUUCUCUUUGCCCGCAAUACCGACUGGGGCGCCACGUCGCUCGGUCCGCUAGAGUAUUGGAGCGCUGAUCUCAGGGCCAUGGCCAACAUGGUCAUGGGUAGCCCGCAUCCAGCGGCCUUGUACUGGGGUCCUGAAUUUGUCACUAUUUACAACGAGGCCUACAUUGAGCUCGCCGGCCAGAAGCACCCCUCUCUUAUGGGCAUGCGCUACGCCGAUGCGUGGAGCGAAAUUUGGGAUGACUUGCAACCUAUCAUGCAGAGCGCGUGGGAUUCCGGCCAGUCUACUCUCAAGAAUGACAAUCAGCUCUUCAUCGAUCGUCACGGCUUCACCGAAGAGGCCUUCUUUUCAUGGUCGCUCGUGCCCCUUGUCGGCAGCGAUGGUGAGGUCGUCGGAAUCUAUAACCCGGCCUUUGAGAACACCAGGCGCAAGGUAAAUGAACGCCGCAUGCUCACGCUGCGCGAGGUAGGCGAGAAGACGGCAGCAGCCCGUGACGUUCGAAGCUUCUGGCCACGCGACGACAGCGAAAGCGAAAUGUCUUCGAUGCAUUCUGGCAGCGUCGCGCAUCCCCCGCUACUUCAAUUGGAGGGUGCCAUUGGCAUCAACGAGGACCAUCCUCCCCCCCUUCCCGAUCUCAACCUGAGAGCCUCGGACGAGGCUUCGCCCCCUAUAUGCGACAAUCGAUGUCGAUGCACGGCACGCCCGUCGUUCUCUCAGCGGAGGCAGCUCUUCAUCCACCUGCUCUCCCGACAGCUUGCAACCUCGCUGGCCUCUGUUGUCCUUUUCGAAGAAGAGAUUAAGCGAGGGCAGCGCGCUGCCAGACUUGCCGCGCUUGACCGCGAGGAGCUACGCACUGAGCUCAUUCUGCGAACGCAAGAAGCUGUCGAGAGCGAGUACAAAUUUACGCGGAUGGCUGAGUUUGCCCCUGUCGGCAUGUUCAUCGCCAACGGCGCGGGCCAGUUCAAUUUCGCCAACGACACGUGGUGGCAGAUUUCACGACACCCCCGUGGAGAGGACAGUACAGACACCUGGAUGCAGAGCAUUCGAGAUGAGGACCGGGCCGGCGUAGAAAUGGUGUGGCAGGCGCUUCUCACAGACAAGGUAGCCAUUACGCAUGAAUUCAGAUUCAAGUGUAGCCGCCAGAACGGCGACAACACCAUCGACACGUGGGUGUUGAUGAGUGCCUUCCCCGAACGAGACGAAGAAGGCAACCUCAAGAGUAUUUUCGGCUGCAUCACAGACAUCUCGUCGCAGAAGUGGGCCGAGGCCUUCCAGAUGCAACGCAGAGAAGAAGCCGUCGAGCUCAAGCGCCAACAGGAGAACUUUAUUGAUAUCACGAGCCACGAGAUGCGCAACCCUCUGAGUGCCAUCUUGCAAUGUGCUGAUGAGAUUGCCAACACGACGGCCCGCUACCGGGAGCGUCCAGACGCUCAACCCGUCCAGACGCUCCUGGAUGUCUGCACGGAAGCGGCGAACACGAUCAAUCUCUGCGCCAGUCACCAGCACCGCAUCGUCGAUGACAUCCUGACACUUUCCAAACUAGAUUCGCAGCUUCUUCUCGUUACGCCGGUCGACGCGCACCCUGUCAACAUUGUCGAGAACGUCCUCAAAAUGUUUGAGGCCGAGGUUCAGGCGCACGACAUUGAGCUCCAGUUCAGUACGCUGUCCGCUUACACCGACUACGGCAUUGAUUGGCGCCGCAUUUCCAUAACCUUGACGGCGUCUCGAGACCUUUCCGAGGUUAAGGAAACCUCGCUGUACUUCCCCAGCCGCAGGAGCGAUCUUCGCAACCUGACUAGCGACAAGGACUGGGGCGAUGGCGACGAGAUGAACCUGCACUUCUCUGUCCAAGAUACAGGCCCCGGGUUGCGGGAAGAGGAGAAGAAGAUUCUGUUCCAAAGGUUCUCCCAAGCGUCACCACGCACACACGUGCAGUAUGGCGGCUCCGGGCUCGGGCUCUUUAUUUCUCGCAUGCUUACCGAGCUGCAAGGCGGCCAAAUUGGUGUGGUUUCAAAAGAGGGUCUCGGUAGCACCUUUUCAUUCUUCAUCAAGUGUCGCAAAACAGCCAUGCCCGCGGAGGAGUCGAACGUGGCGGCGAACCGCGCAGCCCGGCCAGGCAGGGUCUCGACGCCCACGACACCCCCACCGCCGACAAGAAUGAUCCGCCGUCCGUCUCACCGUCCGGCAGCGGACGCUUCACAAUCGCCGGGCCCCGUGCCCGCGUCCGGCCCAACACCCUCCAAGACGGGCCAUGAUGUGCUCAUCGUCGAAGACAACAUUGUCAACCAGAAGGUCUUGCAACGGCAGCUGAAGAAUUGUGGCAACGUUACGCAUGUGGCCAACCACGGCGGCGAAGCUCUGGACGCCUUGAAAAAGUGUCGCUUCUGGACAGGCAAGGAGAGCGAGGGCUACCAUCUGAGCGUCAUCCUGAUGGACCUCGAAAUGCCCGUCAUGGACGGCAUGACGUGUGCCAGGCGGAUCCGUGAGCUGGAGCGAGAAGGCGUGCUCAUCGACCACAUCCCCAUUAUUGCAGUCACAGCAUACGCUCGGCCUGAGCAGAUUGAGGAUGCAAAGGCUGCGGGCAUUGAUGAUGUGAUAUCGAAACCGUUCAGGAUACCAGACCUGACGGCCAAGAUGAACGAGCUUGUUUCCAAGUACAGCAAGCUGAUCGUGAACAACUGA